AUGGAUCAGUUGCAAGGAGGUGAAGUGUUUUCAACAAUUGAUUUAAGAUCCAGUCACCAUCAGAUAAGGGUGACGGAGGAUGAUAUUCUGAAAACUGCGCUUAGGACGCGCUAUGGACACUACGAGUUUGCGUGUGAGUUCUGGAAGGAAGAGGUGAAGUUCUUAGGUCAUGUAGUGAGUAAGGGCGGAAUAGCAGUGGAUCCUUCAAAAGUAGAGGCAGUGAUGGAAUGGCAAAGGUCGACGAUGGUAACAAAGGUUAGGAGUUUCUUGGAUUUGGCCGGAUAUUUCCAAAGAUUCAUAAAGAGAUUUUCUCAAAUUGCAUUACCAAUGACUAAGUUAACCCUGAAGAAGAUGCCGUUUCUGUGGACGACAGAAUGUGAGGAAAGCUUUCAAGCCUUGAAGGAGAAAUUAACUUCAGCACCCGUUUUGAUUUUGCAGGAACGGAAUAAACCGUUUAAAGUGUACUGUGAUGCUUUGUUGAAAGGUUUGGGUUGCGUGUUGGUGCAACACCGGAAUGUAGUGGCUUACGCAUAG